UGGUCGCGCGGUUGCUCUAUGAGGGAGAGCUGCUACGUUGUGUUGUUUCUGUAGUUGGGAUGGGUGGUCUCGGUAAGACCACUCUUACUAAGAAACUUUAUAACACUGAGUGUUAAAAAACAUUUUGAUUCUCUUGCAUGGAUCUCUGUAUCACAAGAGUAUUCUGUGAGAGAUCUUUUGCUGGCCAUCACAAAAUGCUGCAUGGUGCUCUCUAGAGAGGACCUGGAGCUGGUGGAGAAAAUGAACGUUGUAGAGCAAAGGGACAAUAUUUCCGAGUAUCUGAAGGACAAGAGAUACUUGGUGGUAUUAGAUGAUAUAUGGAAACAUGAAGCAUGGGAUGCUUUGAAGGAUGCUUUUCCGGAUAUGAAUAACGGAAGUAGGGUCGUGCUCACCACAAGAAACAAAGACAUCGCCCUAUAUGCAGAUGUACAAAGCAAGCCUCAUGAACUGCGAUUUCUAAAUAAUGAAGAGAGCUGGGAUUUGUUCUGCAAGAAAGCAUUCCCAGGACUAGGUGCCAUUUGCCCUCCGGAAUUGGAGGAGUUAGGAAGACAAAUUGUUGAAAAAUGUGAUUGUCUCCCUCUUGCCAUCGUUGUCAUCGCAGGGCUCUUAUCAAGAAAAGAACCAUGUGAGUGGGAGAAUGUAGGAAAGAGCAUUACCUGGCAGUUUGUGGAGGGGCAAGCGAAAAUCUCCAGCAUAUUAUCUUUAAGCUAUAAAAAUCUGCCCAAUCACUUGAAACCAUGUUUUCUCUACAUGGGCAUUUUUCCAGAAGACAACGAGUUCCGGGCUAAAAAACUAAUUCAAUUGUGGGCUGCAGAAGGGUUCCUGCAACGAAGAGGGGAUGAAACGCUAGAAGAAGUGGGAUACGAUCAUCUAAAAGAGUUGAUUCAGCGAAAUAUGAUUCAACUUGUUAACAAAAGUUCAAGUGGGGGUAUUAAAAGUUGCCGUAUUCACGAUCUUCUGCGGGAUCUAUCCAUAUCAGAAGCAAAAGAAGAUAAGUUUCUCCAAAUUCAUCAUGAGAAUGUGGAUGCUCUAUCCACAUCCACAGCCUGUCGAUUUGCAAUUCACAAUUAUGCCUUAAUUGGAGGGUUAGAGAAGCUACCUGAGUCUACUGAAUUCCCAGCAAACCUCACGAAGCUCACCUUGGAACUCUACUGUUUAAAGCAAGACCCACUGUUGACGUUGGAGAAGCUGAAAAAGCUUCGCAUUCUCAAAUUGCUGGAACAUUAA